UGCACGAGGCAUCUCUCCGCAUGUCGCACCGCAAGUUUGAGAGGCCGCGCCACGGCUCGCUCGGCUUCCACAAAAAGGAGGUUUGAGGAGCGGGGCCGGUUCUCGAGGCCCCCCCAAUGGUUGUGGUUGGAAUGGUUGGGACAUCAACGCGGAGCUCGAGCGCAUCAAGCAGUACUGCCAGUGCGUGCGCGUGCUCGCCCACACGCAGAUCCGCAAGAUCAAGGUGGGCCAGAAGAAGGCGCACCUGAUGGAGAUCCAGGUCAACGGCGGCGACCUGGCGGCCAAGGUUGACUUUGCGGCGCAGAUGUUCGAGAAGCAGGUGCCGGUGGACGCAGUCUUUGCGAAGGACGAGAUGUGCGACGUGAUUGGCGUCACCAAGGGCCACGGCUACGAGGGCGUCACUACCCGCUGGGGCUGCUCGCGCCUGCCGCGCAAGACGCACCGCGGACUGCGCAAGGUUGCCUGCAUCGGCGCAUGGCACCCGGCCAAGGUGCAGUACUCGGUGCCGCGCGCGGGCCAGAACGGCUACCACCACCGGACGGAGAUGAACAAGAAGAUUUACAAGAUUGGCAAGGGGGCGGAGGAGAACAACGCCACCACCGAGUUUGACCUCACCGAGAAGUCGAUCAACCCGGUCGGCGGCUUCCCGCACUACGGCUUGGUGCGCGAGGACUACCUGCUGCUCAAGGGGUGCGUCGUCGGCCCGCGCAAGCGCGUCGUCACCCUACGCAAGCCGCUCUUUGAGCAGACGCAGCGCAACGCCGUCGAGGAGGUGACGCUCAAGUUCAUCGACACCUCGUCCAAGUUUGGCCACGGCCGCUUCCAGACGCUCGAGGAGAAGGACAAGUUCAUGGGCAUGCGCAAGAAGGCGAGCAUCUAGGCUGGGCAGAUUGUGCACCAGUCCUUCGCGGGCCCGCCCGUGUCGCUUGUGUCUGUUGUCUGCGUUCGAGUAUACACUCAAUGCGAAUCCACACCACACC